AUGGAUGUCGCACUUCCAAUGAAUGACGCAAAUAGUCGCAUUGAGGCCUUCAUAUUUGCAGGUCAGCACCAAGAUGCAGAAUUGCUGAGGAAGAUACUGGCUUCAAAAAUCGAUGCCAGUCUUCAUGCCGAUCCAGAAAAAGCUCUUGAAGACUAUCGAAACAGCCUUAGAGAUGAGGAUGGAGAUUUGGCCCUGCAUUACGCUGUAGAUAAUAGAAACGUUCAAUAUUUGUGGUUCCUAUUGGCAUCAGGCUUUGACGCCCGUGCCAAAAACAAAAGAGGCCAAACGCCGCUCCACGUUUCUUUGCGGAAGGGAUUUGGCGCUGCAUUAGAAAUCCUUGUGGAUGCAAGCAGCAGGAACGAUGAACAAGAUGAAGAUGGAUGUUCCCCGUUGCAUAUUGCUUCAGAAGUGGGAUGUAUCGAAAUGAUUUGGAAGCUGCUUGCAUCGGAUGUCGAUAUCAAUCUCCAAAACUCAAAAGGCCGAACGCCCCUCUACCUCGCUCUACGUCAUGAGGAUGCUGCAGAAUUUCUUAUAGAUGCUGGUUGCAGACUGGAUCACCAAGAUCAAGAUGGGAAUUCCCCUUUGCAUAUUGCUGCAGAAAAAAAAGCCGUCGUAAUAUUUUUGAAGCUGCUUGCUUCAGGCGCCAAUAGUAGUCUCCAAAAUAGAAAAGGCCAAACACCCCUCCACCUCGCUCUAGAUCAUAGGGUUACCGCAGAAAUCAUCAUAGAUGCAGGUUGCAUUAACAAUUAUCAAGAUCAAAACGGCAAUACCCCAUUGCAUGUUGCUGCAAAAAAUCGACAUUUUGGGGUUAUGGCGAAGCUACUGGCUUUGGGCGUCAAUGGUCGCCUCCAAAAUCGAGAAGGCAAAACACCUCUCCACCUGGUUUUGUGUCAGUGUGAUAGAGGUAUAGAUUCUCGAACAGCAGGACUCCUGUUUGAUGAUGGCUCUGAGAACGACCUUCAGGACCAUGACGGGUUGAGAUCUUUGACAGAAAGAGGAAUGGAGCGCAGAGUAGACGAUGAUAACCGAUAA